AUGAAGCUUUUACAAAAAUACAGAAUUCUACAUGUGCCAAACCAGUUUCUGAAACCCCGAAGGGUAAAAAUAAGGGCCCAUGGAACGGUCGCAUGGGAUGGAUGCACGAAUGCAGGAGACACCUCACUGGAGAAAUGUUCGGGAAGUAGCACACCCCAUAAAGGAGCGAGUUAUGCCCCACCCGCGAAAAACCCUGGGCAAUCCGAACUAGUCAGACAAAUAAGAAAGUUCUGCAGAAAAGAUGACCUGUGCAGCAUAUACAAAUUCUGCGACCAAUUUGUGCACCUUCUGAAAUUGAAGCAAAUUAACCAAGACGAUUUUUCCAUAGUAAUUCACCUGUUGAGUAAAAAAAAAAUACACGACAACAGUUUUUGGAGACGUAUAGCCAACACAGAUAAUUUAAAUUUCAUUUUCAACAUGAACUUGAAGCAAAUAAUUCUUACCUUCUACAGUAUUGCAAAUUCAUACAGAUACAGUAGCUUGACUUUUUUAAACGAAUUUACGCAUAAGUUCAUAUUUGUAUUAAAAUGCCAGAAGAAACUCCUUUCUCUUUAUCGAGGAAAAAAGGUCGUACAGCAAAGGGCAAGUGACUCCCUCUCAAGAGACAGUUACCACACUUACCAUGAAUCGAGGCAUACGCAGUUUAAUCCCAUCAACAAUUUGAUAUUCCAAAAAAAGGGAACUGAAGUUAAAGCCGACAAUUACGCGAAUGAAGUGACACUCCCCUCCACAGAAAAGGAGAAUUUCACAUGGAAUACGCUAAUUUGCAAAAACGAUUAUGAAAAUAUUGGUCCCCUCCUUAGCAACAGGAAAAAUCAUUUGAAUGCUUUAGAUCUAACGCUAAUGUGCAACACAUAUUCUAAACUGAACAAUAUAGAGAACUUGCAAAAUGUAGAAGAAUUAAAACAAAUUAUGUACAAACUUUUUCUUUAUUUUUUAUUUUUCAACAAAAUAAAUUUUAACCAUCUUAUUCUCUUUAUGUAUAGCUACACACGGAUCGGAGGAAGUGUACACACCAAUGUGCUACGCAAAGUGAGAAAAGUGUUACUAACCCCGCUAAAUGGACUACACGAGCAUGUUCACCAACUUUGUCCUGUGCACACCUUGGAUGUAGGUUCAUUAAACAUGCUAAUGAAUGUACUACAAAGGGGCAAUUUUAAGGACGAAAGAAUUUGCAAAGAAAUAAUACUCUCCGUGGUUAUAAAUUUAAAUUUGAAAAAUGAGAAAAGGACCAAAAUAAAGGGGUCUGUGUUAAGUGGACAAGACAUUAACUGCGCCGACCGCUUCGGCUAUUUUGAAGAUGCGUUGGGGCAUGAACCUCCAUAUUCCUACUCCAAUAGCACCAAUUACACGGAGGAAGGUACUCAUCACCUUGUAACAGCAUGUACACCUCAGCGGGAUGACCAUUUCUCGAUGUUAAAAAAAAGGCAAAACCUCCUUGAACAUUUUGUAAACAAGGAUAAUACGUACUUAGUGAAGAAGAACGACCCGCUUGUUAAAUUGAAGAAGAAAGAUCUGUGCUUCCUUCUCUACAACAUAAAUAAAUUAAGAAUAAAAAAUUACUAUAAUGUGUACGAUUAUAUAAAACAAUGGCUGAGUGCUAACCUGGCAGUUAUGAAUGUGUACAGCUGUUGUAUCAUGUUGGAUAGCUUAAUAAAUUUAAAUAUACUUGAUAAAAAAUUAUUUAAAAAAAUACUGACGACUUUGAAAAUAUUAUUCGAUAAAAAUCACUAUAACGAAAAAGAUGUUACGGACAUUUUCUCAUGCCUAUGCAAAUAUGACCAGAGAAGUUCCAUUUAUCAUUUUGAAAUAUUCAACUUGCUACAGUCGUUAUAUCUUAAAGUAGAAAUGAAGCUACAAAAAUAUAAUUACAUAAAUUUGAUUUCCAUUUUCUGUUCCGCCUCUCACUUUAACAUAAUUUUUACAAAUAAUUUGCUCCAAGAUUUAUGCAUAGACGUGCUUAAUAAUUUUCACUCAAUGGAUAUAAAAUUGCUUCUCCCCUUUUUAUACUUUUUAAAAAGUAAAAAUUAUCAAAUUAAUAUAUAUUUUUUUAACACAAUCAUGGAGAAAUUCCUUUCCAAGGUAAAGGACGCGAAUACCUUUUUUUACUCUUUUUAUAUUUUGUCUACUUUUGCUUCCGAAACCUUGCAAAAGGAGAUUCCCAUUUUGAACAAGUUUGCCCAUUUACUGCAGCGCAAUCAGAACAUGCUAAAUGGAGAGGAAAAAUUCGCCAUCGCAUUACAUACAAUUGUAACUCCUGUGUUGAUGUUAAAUGAGACAUUUUUCCUUUUCUGCGAAAAGGUAUUUUUGGAUAUUUUGUGUGGAGAAUCUGAGGAGCGACACAUAUCAACAAGGAGAAGCAAACAACGUGAUACAACGCCCAAUGUAAGUACCCCCCAAUGGAACAACACCUUUGAUCCAUAUUUCAUGAACGAUUAUAAUCAUAACGAUUUUUGUUUCAACACAAAUUUGGAUAGUACCGAAUUGAAGGUUUUUCUUCCUUUGCUACUGUCAGAUAUGUAUGAGAAGAAGUGCUUCCUUCUAAAAAAGGGGGACUGCUGCAUAACAACGAAAGAUGAAAAAAACAAACACACCAAACUGCAUGGGAGCCAGAUAAACACACCUAAAUUGGAUGUACUGUUCAGCUAUAUAUACAUCAAAUUACAGAAUGAUGGUCUCAGUUACUUCAUAAAAAAUAAAAUUCAUUCGCUCGAUCUGCAAUUUUACGCAAAACAGUUGGACACUCAAAGAGUACAUAAGUACACCACCAUUUUUGACUCAAGCAAAUAUUCAAAUGAAGAGGGAAAAACUAAUGAGAGGACCAUCCAAAUUUUCAAUGAAAUGAAGGAACACUUCUCCAACUUGGAAGAAACUCUUUUCAAUCUUAUCAAAAUAUGUUAUGAGGAUUUUUUCAUUUAUACAUUUUUUGCAAAAAAAAAGGAUGAGCAAUUUGUUAAUUAUUGGAGCCAAAAGGAACGUUGCAGUUUCGCCAAUUCAUUAUUCAUACACAGGAAUGAUACAUUAAUUAUAAAAUUGAAAAAAAAUAUGUUCAUUAAUUCGCUGCACAUUCCGUAUGUCUUAAAUCCCUUUCUGUAG